AUAAUAUAUUAAUUUUUAGAAGAAGAAAAAUAAAUAGUUUCGAGAUGUAAAUAUACUAGUUUUUAGUUUAAAAGCACCUAGUUUAUUAUCCACGAUGAAUAUUAGACGUGGUUUAUGCGACUUGCCUAAUGAAAUUUUAGCAAAUAUUUUAUCAUACCUUGACUAUAAAGACUUACGAAAUGUGAAAUUUGUAAAUAGAAAGCUUUCUGGACUAACCAAGCAAGAAAAGUUUUGGAGAAAUUACUGUGUAAAGUAUUGGUUGCUUACAGAAUGUCCUGAAGGUCAAACUUGGGAGGACACUUUUAUAAAAUGGUUUAAAGAUAUGGGAGCUUAUAUAAAUUAUUAUAAAAUCUUGAAGACUGCUUGGGAUAACAUAAAAAACUAUUAUCAACUGAACAACCCUCAAAUGUAUUCUACUAUUAUGGGUGGAGCUUCUGAAGAAGAAUUAAAUGCAUUAGAGAGGCGUCUGCAUUUUGUGCUGCCUCUUGAUUAUCGUUGUUCAUAUCGCAUAUGCAGUGGUCAAGAAUUCUCUUCACCUGGGAUCAUGGGUAGUAUGUCAAGUCCAGGCUGGUAUAGAACGGAAACUCUUUUGGACUUAAAUACUGUUUCAGUUGUUGGAUUUAGGGAACGGGACGGUUUGAAAGGUUGUAUCCCUCUUACCCUUUGUCUACAUUCUGGUGUAAUCCAAUAUCUGGCUGUCACAGAUGAAGAUGGCUAUGAACCAAAUACUAUAUUUUAUCCAAUGGAUAUGGAAUCAGGAAGAGAGAGAUCUUCUGUUGAUGCUUUCAUAUCAGGAACUUCAUUUCAAGAAUGGGUCACCUCACAUGCAAAUCAUUUGACAAAAAAUGAUUAUGUUUCAAUUCAAAACCAGCCCUUCACUUUUUUACAUGAUUCAGCUGCAGUUGAAACCACUGGUUAUAUAACAGUUUCAGUUGCUACCUGUUUCCUUCCUGAACUCAGUAAAAUCAAUCCACCGAAAUUUCACCACACCUACAGAAUUACAAUGUCCAUGUCGUCAGCUGCAUGUGAAUUAGAUGAGUGUCAAUUGGAAACAAGACACUGGACUAUAACUGAUGAAAAUGGUAGCGAAGAGUUAGUAGAUGGGCCUGGAGUUGUUGGAGAAUAUCCCGUCAUGUAUCCUGGUGCUUCCUUCUCUUGGGUUAGUAGUACAAGUUUCAACACCACUUAUGGAAACAUGAAGGGGUAUUUUAGAAUGAGAAACUUAAAAAGUCAUGAAAGGUUUAAAGUGAACUGUCCUAUUUUCCACAUGAAAUGCUAUCCUUAUGUUACCGAAGAAGAACGAGAAUUUAAUAAAGCUAAAAAAAGAGAAUUGAAAAAACAAGCAUAGUAGUGAUACAGAAUGACAUAUUCCAGUAGCAUUUCAAAGCCACAUGUUGAUGUUACUAUUUGUUUACUGACUCUUGGACGAACUUACAUAGUUUUGGCUCUUUGAUCCAUAAAUUUUGAACACCAUUUGAAAGACAUUUUUCAAUUCAAGGUAUCAAAACUUACACUCAAAGAAAUUUUUCAGUGGAUGAUGUAACUUUAUGUUGUGGAUAUAGCAAUAACUAAGAGUAAAAUUAAAUGUACUUAUCUUUUGUAAUGAAGAUUAGUGAAAACUUUUCUGUGGGCAAAAACUUUCAAUAAUAGCUGUCAGAUUUAUGCAUUUAUAAGUUAAGAGUCUUUUCAGAAUUACUUGUUCAGCUAUGCGAGACCAUGAAACACAAAGAUUUUUUGGUAUAGUCUUUCCAUGCAGACAUUGUGUCACUUUAUAAAUUAAAAUAAGCAAGUUAAUAACAGAAAUUUUCAUUCUUUUUUAAUAAAAUAGAAAAAAGUGUAUAUACUUUUGCUAUUAAUAUUCAAAAUUUCAAACAUAUUUAAGGAAGUUAAAAUUUUUAUCUUCGUGCCCACUUUUUUAUGGAUUGAGAAAACUAUACUUUUAGAAUUAUCAAAUUUAUAAAACCAACUGCA